GCCCUACCUGCAGAGAAACAAAGAGCAACUGAUAUGUGUGAGAAAUAGCCUGCUCUCUUGAAUCCAAGAUGUCAAAGCGACCCUCCUACGCCCCUCCACCUCCCCCUGCCCCAACCACACAAAUGCCUUCCACCCCAGGGUUUGUGGGCUACAAUCCUUACAGCCAUCUGGCCUACAACAACCUCCGCCUGGGAGGGAGCUCCGGAGGCUCCAGCAGGAACUCCUCAGGCAUCACCGUCCCAAAGCCUCCCAAACCUCCAGACAAGCCACUGAUGCCUUACAUGCGGUACAGCCGGAAGGUAAGCAGGAAGGUAUGGGACCAAGUGAAGGCAUCCAACCCAGACCUGAAGCUGUGGGAGAUUGGAAAGAUUAUCGGAGGGAUGUGGCGGGACCUGACUGAUGAGGAGAAACAGGACUACCUGAAUGAGUAUGAAGCUGAGAAGAUCGAGUAUAACGAUUCUUUAAAGGCGUACCACAACUCACCAGCCUAUUUGGCCUACGUCAACGCUAAGAAUCGAGCUGAGGCCGCCAUGGAGGAGGAGAGCAGACAGAGGCAGAGUCGUAUGGACAAAGGAGAGCCAUACAUGAGCAUUCAGCCCGCUGAAGACCCUGAUGACUAUGAUGACGGUUUUUCAGUGAAGCACACAGCAGCUGCUCGCUUCCAGAGGAACCACCGGCUAAUCAGUGACAUACUCAGUGAGAUUGUGGUGCCUGAUGUCCGUUCGGUGGUCACCACAGCCCGCAUGCAGGUCCUGAAGAGGCAGGUGCAGUCUCUCAUGGUGCACCAGAGGAAACUGGAGGCAGAGCUUCUGCAGAUUGAAGAUCGCCACCAAGACAAGAAAAGACGCUUCCUGGAGACCACCGACUCAUUCAACACUGAACUCAAGCGGCUGUGCAGUCAGAAGGUUGAAGUGGACAUGGAGAAGCUGGCAGCAGAGAUGGCUGCAGCUGAAGAGGCAGCCAGGCGUCGGGCGGAGGAGAGGGAGCGUGAGGCAGCCGAGCAGGCAGAGAAGGCUGCUCAGCAGGCUCAACAACAGCAGGAGGCUGCAGCAAACAAAGCUGCUGAGCAGAGCAGUGCUAAUGCUAGCAGCACAGCUAACACAACCUCGGGGACCAAGGAGGAGGACAAGCUCACACCGAUGGAGACAGAUGAGGCAACGCCUGCAGAGUCUUCCUCAGAUCCCCAGAGUGCUCCACCUCCUUCAGACCGCCCCUCCUCUGCCUCUGAUAAAGCAACCCCUCCCCCUGAGCCCCCCAGGGAGAGUAGCACUCCUAGCAGCAGUGCCCCCAGUGAUGACAGCAGCAGCAGCAGCAUGCCCCCUCCUUCCUCUGAUGGCACUCCCGGUGCAGCAGCCCCUGAUCUCCCAGCAGCCCCAGAAGCCAACUCCAGUGCAACUAAUCCUGAUGUGGCUGCAGCACCUCCGCCUCCCCCUGCCUCAGAAGAUGCAGCCCCUCCUCCACCACCACCACCACCACUGCUAUCCCCCAGCCAGAGCAGUCAACAGUAUGAUAUGUAAUAGUCAGUCAGAUCUACAGUGGUAGCUGUACAGUCCUCUGUGUUCUUUAGCUCUCCUGAGUUGAGAGUAGGUGAAGAAGACAUGGGACUGGUAUGGUGACUAUCAUUACAGUUAUAAAUGAGAAGCAGUGAAUGGUUGAGGAUCAGAGGUUCAAUAAUUAAUAUGUCUUUGAUAUAAGAGUGAUGUAGGCUUUUCAUCAGCCAGCCUCAUGUAGCUGGACCAAACAACGAUCAGGAUUUCACUUAAUGUUUCCUUUUUGAAGUCUACUGCCUGGUUUGAUGAUGUGAGUGACUGGAUUGAUAUAUCGCCAAAGAGUACAAUAGCCGACCUGAUGCAGUUUGUGCUCCAGUCACAGCACAAUCCUCUCAUGUCACAGGGUGGACUUUUUAGGAUGACCACAUACAUCCUUCAAACAGGAUGCAGGUGCAGUGGGGUAUAAGUAUAAAUAGUCAGCAGUGACCCAUCUGGCUGCUUGGGUGUCUAACUCAACACUUUACAUCACUAACUGCCGUCUGUUAUCUUCCAAAUCCAUUUGCAGUCAGCCGGAACAUUAACUUCAUUGGCAAUAAAGUU